UCACGGUUUGCGUUGAAUUAAAAGAAAAAAAAAGGAAGAUGGAAGCUGGAGGAGGCGUAGGACUAAUUGUCAACAACAAACAGAGAUCCAUGCUACCCAACAAAAGCAGAGGAGAAUUCAUUCGAAAUCAGAGGAAGGACUCAGAGGGUUUUUCUGAAUGUCCAGACCUAGAAUUUGAAUAUGCAGAUACAGACAAAUGGGCCUCCGAGCUCUCGGAGUUGUACAGCUACACAGAAGGGCCAGAGUUUGUCCUCAACAGAAAGUGUUUUGAAGAGGAUUUUAGAACUCAUGUGGCUGAUAAGAAAUGGACAGAGUUGGAUAUUGUGCAGCACAGAGCUCAUGCCAUGCGACUUCUUGACGGAUUAGAAGUAACUGCAAGGGAAAAACGUCUGAAGGUGGCAAGAGCCAUUCUUUACAUGGCCCAAGGCACAUUUGGAGAGUGUGAUUCCGAAGCAGAAGUCCAGCAUUGGAUGAGAUACAACAUCUUCUUACUUCUUGAAGUUGGAACCUUCAUGGCCUUAGUGGAGCUGCUGAACAUGGAAAUAGACAACAGUGCAGCAUGCAGCAGUGCGGUGAGAAAGCCAGCAAUCUCAUUGGCUGACAGCACAGAUCUUCGGGUGCUGUUAAACAUCAUGUAUCUGAUGGUGGAAACCAUUCAGCAGGAGGAUGAAGCUGAUAAGCCAGAAUGGAAAGCCACAAGGGAAACCUUCAAAACAGAGCUUGGUUCUCCUCUCUACAAUAACGAGUCUGUUUCGGUGAUGUUGUUUGGGAUGGUGACCAAAUUUUGCAGUGGCCAUGCCCCUCACUUCCCCAUGAAGAAAGUUCUCUUACUGCUGUGGAAAACUAUUCUGUUUACCUUGGGUGGGUUUGAGCAGCUACAGGCAAUCAAAAUCAAGAAGCGAGAGAUCAUGGGCCUCCCACCUCUGCCAGAGGACAGCAUUUGUGUGAUCCGUAACAUGAGGGCUGCCUCCCCUCCAGCAUCCGCCUCAGAUCUCAUUGAGCAGCAACAGAAGAGAGCCCGCCGUGAGCACAAGGCUCUUAUAAAGCAAGAUAACCUUGAUGCCUUCAAUGAAAAAGACCCCUACAAAACAGAUGACCCCCGCGAAGAUGAUGAUGAAAAUGAUGACAAUGAUAACAGUCUAGAGGCAGAGACCUUCCCCUUGGAGCGUGAUGAGGUCAUGCCUCCACCAAUCCCUCACCCACCCUCUGAAAGGAUCUCUUUCCCAAAGGGGCUACCCUGGGCCCCCAAAGUCAGAGAGAAAGACAUUGAAAACUUCCUCGAAACCAGUAGAAGCAAAUUUAUUGGCUACACGUUAGGAAAAGAUACAGACACUGUAGUUGGAUUGCCAAGGCCAAUUCAUGAAAGCAUCAAAACCCUCAAACAGCACAAAUACAUCUCAAUCUCUGAGAUCCAGAUCCAGAAAGAAGAAGAAUAUCAGAAGACACCACUAUCUGGGGGAGAAGAGGAUAUUGAGCUGAGUCCUGCUGAGCUGCUAUAUCAAGGCAUGUUACCCAGCUUGCCACAGUAUAUGAUUGCACUUCUCAAAAUUCUUCUGGCUGCGGCACCCACGUCAAAAGCCAAAACCGAUUCCAUCAAUAUUCUUGCAGAUGUUUUGCCAGAGGAAAUGCCCACAACCGUGCUGCAGAGCAUGAAACUCGGGGUAGAUGUGAACAGACACAAGGAGAUCAUUGUGAAAGCAAUUUCAGCCAUUCUGCUGCUGCUCCUGAAACAUUUCAAGUUAAACCAUGUCUAUCAGUUUGAAUACAUGGCCCAGCAUUUGGUGUUUGCAAACUGCAUCCCUUUGAUCCUGAAGUUUUUCAAUCAGAACAUCAUGUCCUAUAUCACUGCAAAAAACAGUAUAUCCGUUUUGGAUUUCCCUUCUUGUGUCAUCCAUGAACUACCUGAGCUGACUGCAGAAAGUCUGGAAGCUGGGGACAACAACCAAUUCUGCUGGAGGAAUCUUUUUUCCUGCAUCAAUCUGCUGCGGAUACUGAACAAGCUUACAAAAUGGAAGCAUUCAAGGACUAUGAUGCUUGUGGUUUUUAAGUCCGCCCCCAUCCUGAAGCGGGCACUCAAAGUGAAGCAGGCCAUGAUGCAACUUUAUGUCUUGAAGUUACUGAAGGUGCAAACUAAAUAUCUUGGCCGCCAGUGGCGGAAGAGCAACAUGAAAACCAUGUCUGCAAUCUACCAGAAAGUGCGCCAUCGCCUGAAUGAUGACUGGGCCUACGGCAACGAUCUGGAUGCUCGUCCUUGGGAUUUCCAGGCUGAAGAAUGUGCUCUGCGAGCCAAUAUCGAGCGUUUCAACAGCCGCCGCUAUGAUAAGACGCAGAGCAAUCCAGACUUCCUGCCUGUGGACAACUGCCUACAGAGUGUGCUGGGACAGAGGGUAGAACUUCCAGAGGAUUUCCAGAUGAACUAUGACCUCUGGCUUGAGCGAGAAGUUUUCUCCAAGCCCAUUUCCUGGGAGGAACUUCUGCACUGAUGCUUCAGUUAUAGGGGAACAUUUGAGUAAAAACACUAAAGGAUGGAAGUUUUCUGUACAAAGACAUAAAAAAAUUUAAGCGAAACACAGAGAAGUUGACUGCCUGUUAGGUAUUCUGAUUGAAACCUUCCAAUGCUCACCUAACAGUUGCCUUGUUUCCUUACUUGCUUUUAAUUGAAAUAUUUAUAGAAUUUUAUAAGUUAAAAUGGGGGGUGAGGGACGACUGAUCUCCUGUUGACCAGGUGGAAGCAUUCUUGAUCAUGUUUCUUUUACAGGUUGCUAUUGGGCUAACUUACCCAUUGAUUAAAAUCUGUGAAGUGUGAUAGAGUAGCAUCCCAAAUAUCUCGUAACGGCUAAUCAUUGUAAAUGAAGUCCUUCUCAUCGGAAUGGAGCUCUCCAUCACUUACAAGAAAAGGUAAAUAAAAUACCAAAUAGUGCAAAAAUAGCGUUUCCUUCAAGUUGCAGAGUCAUUUUGAAACAAAGCAUUUUUAAUAUUGAUCAUUUUACAAACUGUAUAAAUAUAAUUUUGGAUCAGAAUUUGGGUUUGCACAACAUUCCAAUAUGCUCUUUUAAAUGACCACCUCUUUAAUUGAGAAUAUGAAUAGUAAUGUUUUGCAGCAAAAACAUUUGAAAUGUGAGACUGUGUUUUAUGUUCAUUUUGAAGCAAUCUAUGAAAUGUGGUUAAAACUCUUGGAACUCUUUCUUGUCUUGUAAGAGUGCUGGUUUCUAUCAGUGUUUUCACUUCCUUGAAUGUCUGUGGUAAACAAAAUAUUACUAUUAAUUAAUUAUAACCCUUAUUGUUAACUACACAACAACAGACGCUUACUUGACAGUGCCCUUAAAAUGGGUGCGCCUGGCUCACUGUAUUGUGAAACGUACAGCAUACAAACAGAACGGGUCAUUUUAAAUGUGCGUCGACAUGAGUGACACUAAGUAUCAGCCAGGUUUCUGCCCAUCUCUGUGGACCAUGAUAUGCUCUGAGGUGUCCCAAGUUAUGUAGUCAUUCUUUUUAAUUGUUGUCCUGGGCUGCAUCUUAUUAUUUUGGCAGAACUGAUUUGGGUUAUCAUCAACUUAACUCCAGUUUUGUCUCCUUUUAUUUAUUAUUAUUAUUAUUAUUUUUUUUUUGCAGUUUAACAGGUAAUAUUUGUCUAGUAGGUCUUUAUAAUGUUGGAGGCACAGUGUAUCAUCUGAUCUUAGUCUUUCAGAUUUGUUACAAUGGUGCUUUUUCACUCUCUCUCUCUCUCUCCCCUCUUCCUUAUUUAAAACCCUGGAUGACUUUAGGGUAAGUUGUUGGUUAAAAUCCAUAUGCAAGCAAGAAACAAUUCACACAAGAUACAUCUCCUGAAUGGAUUUGUUGUUGGGGUUAUUACAAUUCAGUGCCAUUGGGGAGAUGCCAUACAGAGCGGCAUUUAUUGGAAAACGUGUUACAUUCAGAUUUUAGCUGCUUCUCUUUUACAUACUCACACAACUUGUUUUAUAUUCUUGUAAUUUUAUUCAGUUAACCCAAUUUUAAUGGUGCUGGUUUAAGUUAAAAUGAAUGCUUAUACAUUAUGUGGCAUUAUGAGAAACAAAUUCAGCAAUUCACACUGCUGACAGGUGGCACUGUUUAGCAACAUCCAUUGAAGAUAAU